CUGAAAAGACCAUUUUCCUCCUAUUUUUCCCUUGACUUACGGGCCUGCCAUUGAUGUGCUGAUAAGAACCUUGAUCGGUGGUGUCGGCUGUUUGGUGUUUCGGGGCAGAGACAGAGACAGACAGUGAGAGCGAAGAGUGGAGAGGAAUAACAGAACAGAGACGAGAGACCUCACCACGAUAUCAACUAUUGAAGCUGGAGCUGGAGUAGAAAGGAGAAGAGGAGGAAUUGGUCUGGGUUUGUUUUGGACGAUACUCAAUUCGUCCUUUUUGUGGGUUUGGCAAGGGUGAAGAUCGGAGGGUUCAUAUUGCUCACUACUCGAUUCCCAGAGCAGCCUUGCGGCUUCAACGUGCUAGAAGGAAGAGGAUGACCCGGAUGAGUGUUUGGAUGCCGAAAUCAACUGGGCUUUAGAGCAGGCCUCCAAUUUGAAGCUUGAUGCAGUGAGAUUGGGGAUUACGGGCCGCUUUCUGGUUUUUCCUUCUCACAAGAUGGCAAAUUGCUUGCCACCUCGAGGUGAAAAGGGCUCUUUCGUAGUCAGGUUGAUCUCCCACAACUCUUCCUCCAGGACACACUGAUUUUGUUGGUUUCUGAAGACUGAUGCUGGAAUCAUGCUUAGGCCCUUGACUGUGGUGGACAAGGGAAGUUUUUGUUUGGGAAUUUAGAAGCACAUAGAGGUCAACCUCUACAUCACGUUGAUUGACAAGUUCCGGAUUGCAGAGUAUUGGUUGUGUCAGCUACGAAACCACAUUCCUUUGCUUCAGCGAUCAUGGAAAAAAGGAAAAAAAAAACAUAAAUCUGCAGGACCAGGUGACUCGAUUACCUAGUUUGGAACUAAACAAACGAAUGAUAAUGAGAGGCUGAAACAUACUGUCAAUUUAGAGGAUAAGCUGGAGAGGUUGUAUUCUGUCUUGUGAAUCAAGCUUUCUCUUGCUCAAAAGUCUUAUCAAGAUCUGUUCAAUAUUCCAAAGUCCCCGCACAAAACCUCUCAGAUUCCAUAUCAGCUAGCGGAAGCCAACGAAGCUCAAUUCUUUCGAGGAUGGAGGGGAAACCAAUUCUUGCGGUAAUUGUUGCAUAUGUCAGUUACAUGGCGAUUAAUAAGUGGGUAUGGACUCCAAUGAAGCGGGGCCCAAAAGCAAUACGGAAGGAAGAUGAUGAUUCACCAACUGUUCCUUCAUCAUUAGCUGAAUCUUCGUCAUUGUUAUCACCUCCUUCUCCUGAGCGGAAGGAUGAUCCAGCAUCUCUUCCUUCAUCAUCAGCUGAAGUAUCAAUAUCGGAGGUUAAUCAAAAAUCGGUGGACCUCGAUCCCUCUGUAUCGCUUCUUUCUUCAGCUGAGUCACCAUCAGCUCCCAUGCUGAAAAACUCUGAGCCAAUAUCAGAGGUUAAUCAAGAAUCGGUGGACCUCGAUCCCUCCACAUCCCUUCUUUCAUUAGCCGAGUCGUCAUUAUCAGCCUCCAUGCGGGAUAACCCUGAGCCAAUAUCGGAUGUUAAUCAAGAAUUGGUUGACAUCGAUCUCUCUGCAUCUCUUCUUUCUUCAGCUGAGUCAUCAUCAGCUCCCAUGUUGGAUAACCGUGAGCCAAUAUUAGAGGUAAAUCAAGAAUUGGAGGACCUCGAUCCCUCUACAUCUCUUCUUUCGUUAGCCGAGUCAUCAUCAUCAGCUUCCAUGCUGGAAAUCCCUGAGCCAAUAUCGGAAGUUAAUCAAGAAUCAGUUGAUGUCGCUCCCUUUGCAUCUCUUCUUUCUUCAGCUGAGUCGUCAUCAUCAGCUUCCGUGCUGGAAAACCCUGAGCCAAUAUUGGAGGUUAAUCAAGAAUCGGUGGACCUCAGACCCUCUACAUCUCUUUUUUCAGCUCCUUUGCAGAGGUAUGAUGUUUUUCUGAAUUUCAGGGGUGAAGAUACUCGUAAGAAUUUUGUACCCCACUUAUACAAUGAAUUGAAAGAGGUGAGAGGAAUUGAAACGUUCAAGGAUGACAGAGAGCUUGAAAUAGGGGACCGUAUUUUUGCAACUCUGCAAAAGGCAAUUGAAGAAUCAAAAUGUGCAAUUGUUGUUUUAUCAAAAAGAUAUGCCGAAUCUCGCUGGUGUUUGAAGGAACUUGUAAAGAUUUGCCAAUGCAUGAAAGACAACAACAGGAUUUUACCAAUUUUUUAUCACGUCGAACCUUGUGAGGUACGAUUUCAGAAGGGUUGUUUUGCAGAGGCUUUCACUAAGCACCAAAACUCAGGGCGGCAAAGUUCAGAAGAGGUUGAGGAGUGGAGAAAAGCUUUAAGAACAGUUGCCGAUUUCUCUGGGUGUAAUACAAAGGAUCAUGGGGAUGAAAGAGAAGUUAUCGAUCACAUUGUGGAAUCAGUGUGCAGUAAAAUACAAACCAUUGAAAGUGAUCGUAUAUUUCCCUUGGGAAAUUUUGUAUCUUUUGAGGCAACAAGAGAAGCCAUGAAUAAUGUAAUGAAGGCGCUAGACGGUAAUACUGCCGUUGGGAUCUACGGCAUGGGAGGCGUCGGAAAGACAACCAUGGUGGAACAUGUCGCUCGAGAAGUACUAAAGAAUGGGCUUUUCCAUCAGGUGACUAUGGCCGUGAUAUCCCAAAAGCCCAACUAUUGGAAGAUUCAAGAAAGAUUAGCUUCCAUGUUGAAGGUGAAACUACAGAGUACGGACGAAUUUGCAAGAGCUGCUACAUUGCAGUCAAAGAUUUGGGGCAGAGAAAAAAUUCUUAUAAUCCUGGACGACAUUUGGGCAGAAAUACAGUUGAAACACAUAGGAAUUCCCAGCCUCGAAGAGCUUAAAAGACGCAAUUCCACGGUCCUACUCACCACAAGGAAUGAGGAUGUUUGCUCUGAUAUGUGCUGCCAAGAAAAAAUUCAUCUGAAUACCUUAAGUGAAAAAGAUUCUUGGAUGUUGUUUGAGAAGAAUACAGGAAUGUCUUUUCAAGAAAAAACCCAGUUCUGUUGCGUUGCAAAGGAGGUAGCAAGAGAAUGUGCUGGUCUUCCGAUUGCGUUGGAAGCAGUUGCAAAGGCACUUAAGAAUAAAGAUUUGAAGCAAUGGAGGGCAGCUGUUGGCCGACUAAAGCUCUCCAGAACGCCCCAUCCUGAAUCCAACAGAGUUGUGUUCAACAGCAUAAAUUUAAGCUAUGAGUACUUGAAAUCUAAUGACUCCAGAUCAUGCUUCUUGCUUUGCUGCCUAUUCCCAGAGGAUUAUGAUAUCCAAAUAGAAGACUUGCUGAAGUAUGGGAUUGGGAAAGGAUUGUUUCAAGAAGAGUCCGACAUGCAACAAGCCAGAGAUGCAAUAUGCCUCGUGGUCCAGUCCCUUAAAGAUUAUAGCCUACUUUUGGAUGGUAAGAUGGGCGGGGGAUGCGUAAGAAUGCAUGAUGUCAUCAGAGAUGUUGGCUUAUCAAUUUCUUUAUCUAAGGAUGGAUACAGAGAUUUUUUUGUAAGAGCUGGUUGGAAAUUAGAGGAUUGGCCACUGAAUGAUGCGCCUGAAUACUACACUGCAAUCUCACUUAUGAGGAACAAAAUACCUGAGCUUCCUGAAGAGUUGGGAUUUCCAGAACUCCAGAUUCUCUUGUUACAAAGUAAUUCUUUGAAUGGGAUCCCAGUUUCUUCUUUUCAACGUCUAAAGGUAUUAAGGGUCUUAGAUAUUAGCCAGACUAACAUUUCUUUACUACCCUCAUCAUCCAAUCUCCUAACCAGCCUCCACACCUUGUACCUAGAUGGUUGCUUGUCAAUGGAAAGUAACAUACCCCUACUUGGACAGUUGAAACAACUUAAGAUUCUUAGCAUGAGAGAAUUUCCUCAUCAGAAAUUGCCGAAAGAAAUAGGACAGUUGACCAAACUAAAGCUGCUGGACUUCACUAGUCAAUCUGUUGAAAUAGUUCCUCCUAAAGUGAUAGGCAACCUCAGUAAGCUAGAAGAACUCUACAUGAAGUGCUACUUUGCGGACUGGGGGAGUAGUGUUGAGGGGAGUAAAGUGAAGGGGAGUGAAGUCGAGGGAAAUAUAGAUGAGGAGAACAAAGCUAUGGGAGUAGGAGAGGAAACUAAUGCUUUCUUUGAUGAGUUAACUAACUUGUCAGGUCUACACAUUUUGAAUGUUGUCAUUUCUGAUGCAAAUUGUAUGCCUAUAACUGUUAGGUGUAACCCGAAAUGGAUAAGCUUUGACAUAUGUAUCAGCAGUGACCAGUCAGUUAUAAAAUGGCAUUUGGAUUCAAGUUCUUCACCUGACUAUCCAAAAGCCUUGACCCUUGGCAUAACCAUGGAUACCUUACGGAAGUGGGAGUGGUUUAUCGAUGUUGUGACCAAGAAAACAGAGAAGCUACAGUAUAAAAAUUGCCGAGAUUUAGGUAACAUCCUUAUGGAAUAUGAGUGGGGGAGAUUACAUGAACUGAAGUAUUUAUCUGUUAUUGGGCCCAAUGAGAAAUUGAAAGAGUUGAUCAACACAAAAACAUGGGUUCAAAAUGAACCAGUGUUUCAGAACUUAGAGGAGUUGCAUCUCAUUCAAGUGGAUAGCCUGAAGGAGUUAUGCGUUGGUGAAUUACCACUUGGGUCUCUAUGCAAUCUUAGGUUAUUGAAGGUGAAACAUUGUUAUGAAUUGGUGGAUGCACUUCUAUCUUCACAAUUGCUGCAGAGAUUACAAAAUCUGGAAAAACUGAUUUGUGAAGAGAUGGAUGAAUUGGAAUAUGUUUUUGGAUGUGAAGGGCUUAAGCCAGAACAUAUUAUUAUGACAGAAUUGAAAGAGAUGAGAUUGGAAAAUCUAGGGAAACUAAUAAAGAUAUGGAAUGGUCCUGCCCCUUGUGCCAUUUUCCAAAACCUUCAGAGUUUGGUAGUUUCAGGAUGCUUUGAUUUGGAAAAUCUCUUCACAGCUGAUGUUGCUCAGUGUCUUUUGCAAUUGCAAGACCUUUCAGUAGAGCUUUGCCCAUUAUUGGACAGAGUUAUUGAGGAAAGCAAGGAAACAAUAGACAGCAAGAUUGUUUUUCCAAAAAUGAAGAGCUUAGCUUUGAUACAGCUACCACAGCUCACAAGGUUGUAUGGUAAUACUGGAAGUGCUAUUGAGUGCCCUUUAUUAGAAUACUUGUACGUGGAGAGGUGCCCCCAGUUCUCAAUACCUGACUUCCACAGCAGGAACAGAGUACAAUUCAAUCGUCAACAACAUUUUGACAUUAUAGAAAGAAGAUUGCUGAGAAACAAAAGAAGGCCCUGAUGGGAACAGAAGAUAAGAGAUAUUCGAUGGUCUUUUCGAUGAACAUUUUGGCUUCUGGUUUGUUUGUUGGCCGGGUUGUGCAGUUGCCUCCAACUGAUAUUGGAAACACUUUGUUUCAGCCAAGGUGAUCAAGAGUUGUGGUGAGUAUGUAAUUUUAAUGCUUGUUAUUUUAACUAGGCCUAUCUACGAUCUUUGUUCGUGGUAAUCAAGAGGCCAGCGUAGACAUGCCUAAUGUUUGGCUGUAUGUGGGUAAAAAUCUUUGACAGAAAUAUCAUUUAGGUGUGCUAGUGCCAAGAAUUAUGAAAAUUGAAUAAUCUAUGCACAAGUCUCUGACUAAAAUAAAAGUAUUUGAUGGAAGUCAUGAAUCUGAAAUUCAAAUUACAGAGUAUGUGGUUAUUUUUGUGAUUCCUAUGUGUACUUGGAGGAGUUGAUGAACACAACAAGACGAGUUCAAAAAGGACCAGUGUUUGAGAAUUUGGAAGAGUUGCAUCUGAUAGAUCUGAUCCACCUUAAUGAGUUGUGUGUUGGUGAGUUACCACCUGGGUCUCUCUUCAAUCUCAAGGGUUUGAGCCGAAAGAAUCAAAACUGAGAGAGAUGCAGUUGUUGGGUCCAAAUUCAGUGAAGAGCAUUUGUAGUGGUCCUGCCCCAUGCGUAAUGUUCCAGAGUCUUAAAAGUUUGACCUUUUACCGUUGCGAGUUGCUGCAAAGUCUGUUCGCAUAUGAUGUAGCCCAGAAUCUUGUUCACUUGGAAGACCUUUUAGUAGAAUGGUGCCCUUUGUUGGAAAGAGUAAUUGAAGCAGUGAACAACGAGAAGACAGUUCUUCAAAAAAUGAAGAACUUGGUUUUCAUGGGACUUCCCAAGUUGUAUGGUUCAAGUGCUGCUGUUGACAUUGAGUGUCCUUCAUUGGAACACUUGAUAGUGGUGGAUUGUCCCCGGUUUUCAUUUUCAACCUCUUCCUUAAGCAGGAACCAGUUUUCAUUUUCAACCCCUGCUUCUGACUACCUUGGCAGCAGGAACCUAGUCAAACUCAAUGAUCAACAACAUCUUCAACUUCUAUCAUCAAGGUUGAUGAACUUGUGCAGGCUCAGUUAAUACACUAGAAGAGUUGGUUAGUUUUGACUUUAAAACUGGAUGUUGCAAAGAUUUCUCGUAGUCAUUCAAGUGAAGUAGUUAAUUCACAUUCAGGAGAAUGUUUAUGAAGAUUCCCGCCAGAAGGGUUGGUCAUCUAGGUGAGGCUGCAAAUCCGAUUAAUACGCUUGAAGCUGCAUUGCUGGAUCGUGACUUUCAAGACAGCCACAGGGAUUAUAACAGCCAUUAAUUCUAGGAACCUUGGAGAAUGAAGAGAUCAGUUGACAUGCUCCAUCAGGAUGAUAUUUGAUUCUUGCCACUGAUGCAACCGUGUAUCUGCUAUGUACUGAAGUCUCUCAAAGGAGAUGCGCAGCAUGUAAUGGUCCCCCGCUGACUUGCAAUGGUCCCUCAGCUUCUGACUUCCAGAGCAGGAACCAAUUCCAACUCCAUGAUUAAAAACGUUUUCAUUUUCUUUUGUCCAGGCGUGGCAUAUCUGCUUUGCAAAAGUAUCCCUGUCGGAACAAGUUGAUACAUAUAUUCAUCAAGAAAUAAAAACUUGCGUCGAAUAGCAGCUGGGAAUACCGACUCGAGAGGUGUAGCAGAAAGAGAGUUCAAUGGUGCAGAAGAAGAUUCCACAAUUGGCUUCGAAAAAUGUUAAAUGAAUGUUAUAAACUUAUCUUUCGAGUUAAUAAAUGUUCAUUCCUUUGAUACACAUUUGACAUAAAACAGUUUGAGCUUUGAAUCUUGUCUGUCUGAAGUUGCUUGAUAUAAGUCCUGUUUUCCUUGAGGCUCUGUUUCCUCUGUUCUAAUUUGCUUUGCUAGUUGUCCUGUGAGUUCUUCAGAAAUCCUGUACUCGGUUUCUCUUUUAGCUUUGCAAGAUGGAUUUAUGUAGAUGAUAAUA